GUCGCCGUCGUUCUAGUACUUGGGAAGAUCACUGGAGCUCGAGGCAUGGAAUUACAUGGAGUGCCCGUCUCGUGAGAAGCCUUCCCCCCUAUCCCCCGGUCCGACCCACCACCGGAACCGACGACCCGUUUGUUCGCUAGGAGCGCCGCUUCGUGAUGGCGGAGACCGGCGUCGUCCGGUUCCACGGCAACCUGGACCCGGCGGCCCAAGAGUUCCGUCCGGCGAGGAACCCUAAUAGCCCACCCUUCUUCGCGCCGCCGCCGCCGCAGCCGCCUCCGCUGCCGGCGCCGGCGCAGCAGCUCUACUACCCGCCGCCGUACGAGGUCCGGGUCGUGCCCUUCCAGUACCACCACCACCAGCAGCCCCCCGCGCCGAUGCCGCCUCCCGCCGCGGCGGCGGCGGCCUCCGUGGCCCCGCCGAUGCCGCCGCCCUCCCCGACGGCGACGCGGGCGCUGGCGCUGUGCCCGGUGCGGGACGCGAGCGAGUCGUGGGUGCGGCGGGAAUUGGAGGUGUUCGGGGACGUGAGGGCGGUGCAGAUGGAGCGGGCCCGCCGCGACGGGGUCGUGACGGUCCACUUCUACGACCUGCGGCACGCGAAGCGGGCGCUGAGGACCAUCCGGGAGCAGCAUAUGCAGCGGCAGUGCCGCCUCCGGGACCACUACGGCGCGCCCCCGCCGCGCCCGCCGAGGGGGGGGCCGGCGUUGUGGGCCCAGUUCGUGAUCCCGGCCGUCCACGCCAUCCCGGAGGGGCAGAACCAGGGCACCAUCGUGGUCUUCAAUUUGGACCCGGACGUGUCCGCGGCCAGCUUGCGAGAGCUCUUCGAGCCAUUUGGUCCGGUGAAGGAGCUUAGAGAGACUCCCUUCAAGAAGCACCAACGGUUCGUGGAAUUCUACGACGUCCGAGACGCCGCCAAGGCGCUGGCCCAGAUGAACGGCAAGGAGAUCCACGGCAAGAACGUCGUCAUCGAAUUCAGCCGCCCCGGCGGCUACAACCGCAAGUUCCUGCUCGACCCCCCCGCCAGUCCGACCCCUUUCGCUCACAAUUCGUCGUUCCUCUAUAACCCCCCGGCGGCCUCCUACCAUGCCAAAAUUCUUAAGAAUUCGCCGCCGCCGCCUCCCCCUCCUCCGCCUCAGCCGUUGCUGCACCGAGUGGUCGCCGCUCCCCCCGGGCUGCGAAUCCUGCAACCCAACCAGCCCGCCAAGAAACUACUAAUGGGUCCUGGCGAAGCGAGCCCUACCGCGGAGAAGAGCUCGGAAGUCGAGGCGUCGAUGAGCCGCUUGAGUUUGAGCGGCGGCGAUGCUCAUGGAAGUGAGAGAGUGGAAGGAGAGUAUUGCAACGAAGGGAGCGUUGUUAGGAAGGGUGCCAAGAAGAGGCACGGCAAUAGCAUUAGGCAGCAAUCGCAGUCGUGUAGGAAUAGCAGCAGCAGCGGUAGUGGAAGGCCAUGGAAGAGCAACAAGCAAGGCAGGCACAGGCUCGAUUCGCGGUUCGUCAUUAGCGAGGAGGACGACGCGGUGGCCGAGGCGAGUUCCGGCGACUCCAGGACCACCGUCAUGAUCAAGAACAUACCCAACAAGUACAGUCAGAAGCUGCUGUUGAACAUGCUGGACAACCACUGUAUUCACUGCAACGAGCAGAUUGGAGAAGACCACUGCGAGGACGACGACGAUCGCCAGCCGCUGUCCGCAUACGAUUUCGUCUACCUCCCCAUUGAUUUCAACAACAAGUGCAACGUAGGCUACGGGUUCGUGAACAUGACGACGCCGCAGGCGGCGAGGCGGCUCUACAAGGCCUUCCAUCUCCGCCACUGGGAGGUCUUCAACUCCAGGAAAAUCUGCGAGGUCACCUACGCGAGAAUCCAGGGUUUGGAGGCGCUGAAGGAGCACUUCAAGAACUCCAAGUUCCCGAGCGAGGCGGAGCACUACCUGCCGGUGGUGUUCUCGCCGCCGCGCGACGGGAGGCGGCUGACGGAGCCGCUCCCCGCGGCGGGGCAGCAGCAGCAGCACCGGCGGCGGCAGCACGAGGAGGGGGACGACGAGCGCAGCGAUGAGGAGGACAAUGAGAUGGGCGGCGGAGAUGAAGGGGCGGGGAUCGAUGGGCAUGACGUCUACUGCAGCAGCAGCAGCAGCAGCAGCAGUGGGGAAGAAGGGGAGGGGACGGGGGGCGGCGGCGGCGGCGGCGGCGGCGGCGGCGGGUGCAGAGUGGGGAGGGACAGUCAAGGCCCGAGCGGCGGCGAUAAUGGUGGUGAUGAUGGUGACAAAGAGAAGAAUUGA